AGUUUGAGUUGCAUUUUGCAGGGCAGGGCAAGGCAAUGUGUUCUUUUGGUUGAAGCAGAAAGUGAAAUUGGAAUCUUCUUUAAUUGGAAGAUGGAGGAGUCGGUAGAAUCAAUAGCGGUUCCGGAUCACGACGAAGACGAUCCUUCAUCAACGAUUUUGGAUCUCAGCAGUUACCAGCUCCACGACCUUGACUCGGUCGAGUUGCCUCCCACUCUCACCGAGUUGGACCUCACCGCGAAUCGCUUGUCCACGCUGGACCCGCGCAUAGCCAACCUCUCCCAUCUUAAGAAGCUCUCACUGCGCCAGAACCUCGUCACCGACAACGCCGUUCUCCCUCUCUCUUCCUGGAGCGCCCUCGCGUCGCUCGAGGAGCUUGUGCUGCGGGAUAAUCAAUUGAGGAACAUUCCUGACGUCAGCAUAUUCCAGAAGCUUCUGGUAUUCGAUGUUUCGUUCAACGAGAUUAGUUCGCUACACGGCUGUGCCAAGGUCUCCGAUACGCUCAAGGAACUCUACGUGUCCAUGAAUCAAGUUUUGAAGAUCGAGGAGAUCGACCACUUCCAUCAGCUGCAGAUUCUUGAACUCGGCUCCAAUAAAUUGCGGGUAAUGGAGAAUUUGCAGAGCCUUACGAAUUUGCAGCAGCUGUGGCUCGGUCGGAAUCGAAUUAAAGUUGUAAAUCUGUGUGGUCUCAAUUGCAUUAAGAAAAUUAGUUUGCAAAGCAAUCGUCUCACUUCAAUGACGGGUUUUGAGGGCUGCAUAGCUCUAGAAGAACUAUACUUGAGCCAUAAUGGUAUUUCAAAAAUGGAAGGGUUGUCGACAUUAGUCAAUCUCCGGGUUUUAGAUGUAUCGUCAAAUAAGUUAACUUCAGUGGAUGACAUUACGAACCUGACGCAAUUGGAAGAUUUGUGGCUUAACGACAACCAAAUAGCAUCACUUGAAGGAAUUGCUGAGGCUGUUGUUGGUUGUAGAGAGAAGCUUACAACCAUCUACCUGGAGCAUAACCCAUGUGCUAAAUCACCCAACUAUACUGCAUUCCUCAGGGAAACAUUCCCCAACAUCGAACAAAUUGAUUCAUAUGUAUUUUCUUAGAAGUUUCUUGGCUUCAGCCUCUUUGAAAUCAGUAACUUUGAAGCUUUGUCCUUGCAGAUCCAUUUGUAAGUUCUGUAUAGUUUGUAUGCUGUCAUUCUUAAUAGUUGCGUUAUAGGUUGCACUUUGAUCAUUUCUGUAAUGUAUGCAGGUUCCGCUUUGAAAGAUUGAUGAUUUAGCUCUAUCCACCUAAUGAAGAGAACAUGCUUACCAACCAUUGGAUAAUAUUGUGGCCUGAACAUUUGUUACCUGUCGGAUGAAUAUGCUUGUUAUAUGUUACUUGUUUUGCAGACCACAUUUUUUUUUAUUUAUAUUUAUUUUACGACCAAUUUUUGAGAAGCAUUGUAACGCAUUAUUGGUGUUGUUUAUUAUAUUUCCUGCCACAGCUUGUGGUAUGCAGAGGUGUAGAUUAAUGAUCGUCCAGAGAUUCAUUGAAAUUUGUUUUACUAAUUUCUUCUCCAUAACAAGUUAAUAUUAAUGGUCAUUCUUCAAAA